ACAGCGUUGCGGCAGUUCCGUUGAAUGUCCGCUUCUGCUUGCCGAGAAGGGAUUAGUGAGCAACACCCCGGGACGACAUCGGCUUCUUAGUUCCGUCGGCCUCUGGGUUUCGCCGCUUGCCGCAAACAAAGGAUAGCCUUACCGUUUACACCUCUUCGGGGAUUUAGGGAUGAACUGAGGAUGAAUGUCAACCAGCACACUCCCAUGGCCUCUCCGUACGGCCAGCCGCAGCCUGGCUACGGUCAGCCCAGCUACGCCCCCCUGGAUGGCGGAUACCCUGCUCCUUACGCACCUUUUAACGGCCCCGCUUCGGCCUAUCAGCCUGGAGCUCCACCGCAAGGUUAUUCUCCUUUCACAAGCUUUCCCUCUAAGGCUGUGGCAGCCAACCCAGUCUCUGACCUCUCCUCUCCUCUUGACUUAGGUCCUGUCAGGGGUCCUCCUGCCUCUGGACCCCCUCCUGUCUCAGCACCUCAGCCGUAUAAUCAGUACAGUCACAGUCCGGGGGACAUCCAAAAUGGACCCCCACCUAUGACACAGGCACCGCCCAGGCCUGCCGUUUCUCAGCCAUACAACCAGGGAGGUGUGAACGUGUCAGGACAGCACCCCUCUUAUCCCCAACACUUUGGUCCUCCACCCACGAUGCAGCAAGUCACAAACCAGAUGACCGGGAUGCAGAUCACAUCUGGACCGCCGACACCUGCGGGGCCGGGAUACGCUCCACCUCACAGCUCCCAGCCUCCCAUCAGCACUGCAUACUCGGCUCCAUCCCAGCCGGCCUACACUCAGGCCCCGCCUCCUGCGUCCUCCGCUCCGACCCAGCCACCUCCUCCCAGCGGUCCAGCUGCUCCUCAGCAAUACUACGGAGCUCCGCCUCCUACCUCUCAGCAGCAGUUCACCUCUUCUGUUCCACCGCCUGCUACUCAGCAAGCCUUUCCUCCCUUCUCCCACUCUGGUCCCAUGCCUGCGCCCAGUCAGCACUCUGCCCCUCCGGUCUCCCAGCCACAGCAGUCCUUCCCUCCGUCCCAGCCCCCCUUCUCCUCAGCACCCCCACCUGCCAGUCAAUCUCCUUUCGCCACAGGCCCCCCUCUGCCAACCCAAGGCUCCUUCCCACCUCAAGCACCUCCUCCAUCCUCUCAGCCUGGGUCCUUUCCACCUGCUGGGCCUCCUCCCACCUCGGCGGCCUCUGGUCAGUACCCUGGUGCCAUGCCACCACAGCAGCAGCAGCAGCAGCAGCCCCCCCCAUCACAGCCAUCCCCCUACCACUCAGGGCCCCCUCCACCCAGAGCUCAGAUGCCCCCUACUGCCAUGGCUCAGAGCAACCACCUUCCUCCGGGACCACAGGGCCCCCCCGGGCCCAUGCAGCAGCUACCCCCUCAGCCCGGCAUGCAGGCAGGCUACCCUCCUCAGCAGAACGGGGCUUUUGGGCAGGCAAGAAGCCCCCAGCCGGGUUAUGCAGGUCCCUAUCCCGGACAACCAAACUAUGGAGCGCCGGCACCAGCUCCUGCUCCACCCGCACAGAAAAGACUGGACCCAGAUGCCAUCCCGAGCCCGCAAGCAUCUGACAUGCCGGCAGUGCAGAAGUCGAGACAUAGAAUAGACCCAGAUGCUAUACCCAGCCCAAUCCAGGUAAUAGAGGAUGAUAAGGUUAAGACCACCGAGCCGUUCCUCACAGGGGUCAGAGGUCAAGCCCCUCCGCUGGUCACCACCAACUUUCAGGUCAAAGAUCAAGGGAAUGCCAGCCCCCGGUUUAUCCGCUGUACGGCCUACAACAUGCCUUGCACAGCCGAUAUGGCCAAGCAGUCUCAGGUGCCACUGGCCGCCGUCAUCAAGCCCCUCGCUACGCUGCCGCCAGACGAGACCCCGCCAUACGUGGUCGACCACGGCGAGAGCGGUCCAAUCCGCUGCAACAGAUGCAAGGCCUACAUGUGUCCCUACAUGCAGUUCAUCGAGGGCGGCCGGCGCUUCCAGUGUGGCUUCUGCAGCUGUGUCACAGAGGUGCCUCCUCAUUACUUCCAGCAUUUGGACCACACUGGUAAGAGGGUGGACUGUUACGAUAGGCCGGAGCUGUCCAUGGGCAGCUACGAGUUCCUGGCCACAGUCGACUAUUGUAAGAACAACAAGAUCCCUCAGCCCCCGGCUUUCAUCUUUCUGAUCGAUGUAUCCUACAACGCUGUGAAGAGCGGCAUGGUCAGCAUCGUGUGCCAGGAGCUGAAAAGCCUGCUGGACCUCCUGCCAAGGGAAAACCCAGAGGUUGAGUCUGCGGUGCGUGUGGGUUUUGUCACCUACAACAAGGUUUUGCACUUCUACAACGUGAAGGCGAGCCUGGCCCAGCCCCAGAUGCUGGUGGUGUCGGACGUGUCCGACAUGUUUGUGCCCCUGCUCGACGGGUUCCUGGUCAAUGUCAGCGAAAGCCGGCAGGUUAUCGAGAGUUUGCUGGACCAGAUCCCAGAGAUGUUUGCCGACACCAGGGAGACGGAGACGGUCUUUGGGCCCGUCAUCCAGGCCGGACUGGAGGCGCUCAAGGCUGCUGACUGUGCAGGAAAGCUGUUUUUGUUUCACACCUCUCUGCCCAUCGCCGAAGCUCCCGGGAAACUUAAGAACAGAGAAGACAAGAAAUUGAUCGGGACCGACAAGGAGAAGUCUCUGUUUCAGCCCCAGGUCGGAUUCUACAACAACCUGGCCAAGGACUGCGUAGCACAGGGCUGCUGUGUGGAUCUGUUCCUCUUCCCUAACCAGUACGUGGAUGUUGCAACGUUAGGGGUGGUUCCUGUGUCCACUGGAGGCUCGGUCUACAAGUACACCUACUUCCAGGCUCAGUCAGACCAGGAGCGCUUCCUGAACGACCUCCGACGAGACGUCCAGAAACAAGUGGGGUUCGACGCCGUCAUGAGGGUCCGAACCAGCACCGGCAUCCGGGCGACAGACUUCUUCGGCUCGUUUUACAUGAGCAACACCACCGACGUGGAGCUGGCGGGUUUGGACUGCGACAAAGCCGUCACCGUGGAGUUCAAGCACGACGACAAGCUCAGCGAGGAGACGGGGGCGCUCAUGCAGGUGCGCAAGUCGGCCGCCAGGGGGUGCGCGGUGCUGUACACGAGCUGCAGCGGGCAGCGGCGCCUCCGCGUUCACAACAUGUCGGUCAACUGCUGCUCCCAGCUGGCUGACCUCUACCGCAACUGCGAGACGGACACCAUCAUCAACUUCAUCUCCAAAUACGCUUUCCGCGGCGUCCUAAGCAACCCCACAAAGGCAGUGAGAGACACACUGGUCAACCAGUGUGCUCAGAUUCUGGCGUGCUACAGAAAGAACUGUGCUAGUCCUUCAUCUGCUGGCCAGCUGAUUCUCCCAGAAUGCAUGAAGCUGCUGCCGGUUUAUCUGAACUGCGUGCUGAAGAGUGACGUGCUGCUGCCGGGAGCCGACGUCUCAUUGGACGACAGGGCUUACAUCCGGCAGCUGAUCAGCUGCAUGGGCGUGGAAGAGACCCACGUCUUCUUCUACCCCCGCCUGCUGCCGCUGAUGAAGCUGGAAAGCAGCUCGUUGCCCGUCGCGGUGAGGGACUCGGAGGAGAGGCUGUCAAAGGGUGGCGUGUACCUCCUGGAGACCGGCCUCCAUCUCUUCCUGUGGGUGGGAGCCAGCGUUCAGCAGGAGCUGCUCGUCAACAUCUUCGGCACGCCCAGUUUCAGCCAGAUCGAUUCCAACCUGACAAGUCUGCCCGCCCUGAACAACCCCUUCUCCGAGAGACUUCGAGACAUCAUCGACUCUUUCAGAGCACAGCGGCCGCGAUACAUGAAGGCAAGUUUUCUUUUUCUGUUGUCGAGGUGCCGACUGAUGGUGGUGAAGCAGGAAGACAGAGCCGAGCUGAUAUUCAAACACUUCUUAGUGGAGGACAAGAGCAACAGCGGGGGAGCGUCGUACGUGGACUUCUUGUGUCACAUGCACAAGGAGAUCCGCCAGCUUCUCAGCUAGGCCUCCAGAUUCCCCACCAUCACUUACGUGCCCCACCAUAUACACACCCACACCUAGCCCAGCUCACCUCUCCUCCCGUGUGAAAAAAGGCGCUUUGUUCCCUCUUAUUUUUUCCUUUUGGUUGAAUUUUUUUUUGUUUUUUCCCCCAAAACCUAAUAAACUAAAUCUGUCCGUGCUGUCAGCAAGAUCCCCACACCAGCUGGCAGAUCACAUCACAUGUGACCGUGUGUGUUAGUGUGAGCGUGUGUGUUCAUGAGAAAAGGAGAGAUUGUGUAUGUGAUGUUGGUGAAGCUUCACUCUGCCUCAGACCUGCUCCCACACAGCAGGAGCUCUAUAACUGACAGGGGAGGGUAAUGUAUAUACAACAAUUAUGUAUGCAACAGACUGAGAGACUGCUGAUGUUACCCGUAGUUGCUGUACUGUCUGUAUCAUUAGCACUGAGAGGCUUUUUUUUUGGGAUGCAUAAACAACUCUAAUAGCAAACACUUUUUAUAUGAUCCAAUCCCGAUACAGUGACAGACACCUAUGUAUGAAAAUGGAAUUAAAUAAAUGCUGUUCUGUCUCUUAUCCACUUUAAUCUUGGCCUUAGUACGCGCUCCCUAUGCUGCUCCAGUCAUCCAUAAUGUGCGUGUGCGUUUGAUCUCACGUGUAGGGAUUAGCUGACAUUUUGCCCCAUUUUUAAUCUCCGUCUGCGUGCCCAGGUGCAAGCCUCUGAAUUAAAGCGCAGCUCAGACACGAGGCCGACGAACUCUUUCAUACAGACCAUACUGAAGUGUCUAAGACACUCUGUCAAGCACGCGUCUUAAGACUAAAAAAUCGGAUUCAUUGCCUGCAAUAAACUGAAAAUAAAGAUGCAUAAGAGUGGUUUGUAGUGAAAAGGAUUUAGUUAAAUCAGGCUUCUGAUUAACCAAGAUGUGCGUUUCAGAUUACUGACAGCAGCAGAGUGAUUAAGUUGACGUCUGAGGCACGGGAGUUUUUCUGCUCCCUACCACAGUGAUGGAAACUCCUCUCCUGAUUGGUUCCUGUGAGUGGUUGUGGAUGACGUGACGUGCUGCAGACUUUGUAUCAAUCAGAGGAGUUGAAGUGAGCACAGAGCGACGGCAGAGGAGUGAACGCCAGUUAGUGGGCUGACCUGUGUCCGCACUGAAGGGAUGAGAAGCCGCUCGGUGUGUAAAUAAAAUAUAUAAUCUGUACAGAAUUGAUAGAUAACAAAUUUCAGACGACCUGCCUGAGCCGGUGUGGUCGAUCGAUGGUUCCUCUGUCCCAAAUGGCCGACGCAGAAAAUCAUGGCUUUUACUGAAAAGAGAAGAUGGGCGUUUUGAUAUGUUUGUGUGAAGUGUGUGUGUGUGUGUGUGUGUGUGAAUGUAGGGGUCGAUCCUGGUGAAUUCUCCCGGGGAACAGAGGGAUCAGUCAACACACACAGACACCCACAUUACCUUUGGUUUAAAUUUGGUCUUCAUUUAUCACUUUGUGUUCUUUUUUCUUUUGUUUUAAUGAUAUGACUGUGUAUUGUGUGUGUGUGCUGCCCUCUGUUCCGUCUUCAUGUGCGCUGAUUGUGAUUGACCCACCGUCUUGACUGUAAGCUUAUUUUCGGUUCUUUUUUCUUUGAUUUUUUUUUUUCAUUGCCUCCUGGGACUACUAAUAAAAUGAUUGUUAAAAGUGGAAAUA